AUGAGCGACGCAGAGGAGCUCCUUGAGCCGUAUCCAGCUGAGCUCUCGGCUAGUCCAUCGUUGCAGCGAACAUUUCACCGCAGUAACGGGAAAAAUGCUUUGAACACGAUUUUUGACAAGACGAAGGACGUGCUGUCCACUGCAGCAGAGACUACUAAAGGAUAUGCAUCGCAGGCUCAGCAAGCGAUAGGAAAGAUCAUUCCCGGAGCUAGUCAGGAUCAUGAUCCGGCAGCUACCGGUGCUCCGGCGCAACCAACAACCGAUCCUGCAGCACCAGCACCUCAGUGA